AUGACUUACGGAAAUGUACAAAGAUUCUUUUUGCGGACCGUAGCAAGCCAAGGAGUUGUAUCUCUGCAUGAAAUUAAAAAAAUUCUGGAAACAUUUACCGGUGGUAAUGAGGAAAUAAAAAUUCCUGAUAUGGUGAAAGAAGUAAAUGAUGAAAUACGUCAGUAUCAGCAGGAAAUUAAACUUACAAAUGAUGAGGUGACUAAUGAAGAGGUUGUAGUCUUUAUGUCUGUUGGUUAUGAUGAUGCUACAAAAGCACAAAAUGUUUUCUCUCCAACUGAGUUGGAAUUCUUCAGGACACUUAUUGAGCAAAUCAUGACUACUGAAUCUAGGCAGGUCACAGGAAUUAAUGCUAUCAAUUUAGUUGGUAACAUGAAAUCAUCUUUUACUAAAACUGAUGCACAAAAACUUCUCAACACGUGGUGUAAAAUGCGGUAUCUGGACAAGGAAGAAAAUAAUUAUGCACUAGGUGUGAGAGCUAUCCAUGAAUUUGAAGGCUACCUUCGACAGAACAUGCCAGAUAUCAUCCUAGAAUGCUGCCUUUGCAAGCAAAUUGUUUAUAGAGGUUACAAUUGUCCUGGUUGCUUCUUAGCAGUACAUACAAGAUGCCUCAAGCGGUACUUAGAAAAAGUUCAAAAAUGGCCUUGUUGUAAAAUUGACUUCAGUACUGAGCAGUUAGAGCGAUUGAACAAUGACAGUUCCAGGCUAACACAAACUCAACAGUUACAGUCGACUCAACAGACGCUAUCCACUCAACAGUCAGCUGUAUACAACACUAUAGCUGAACCAACUCUGAAUUCAUCAAAUGAUUUAGAAAUGACUCAAGACACAUCGUCAGAGCUUUCACAAAGAGUCACGCGGAAGAGAAAGCGUCAGCUUGAAUAG